UGAAUAACUGUUGAGGACAUCACUUCUCUGAGAAGCUCGGCUGCACGCGCAUCACCCCGUCGUCUAGGACUCGUCCAUCUCUUGUUUGUUCUCAUUUGGUCCCCGCAGCGGCGUUCACCAUGACAACGUUUGACUUCUCGGAUAUAGAGGCGUUUUUGGACUGCCACCCAGAUCUCUUCGAGGAGUAUCUCGUUCGAAAGGCGAAAUAUGAUCAGGUAAGCAGAUGGUUGAGGGAGCAUCAGCCGUCGAAAGUGUCCACAGCUGAGGAGAAACGCGGUGCUGCCAGGGAUCCGCUCUGGCCGGCCAACCCAGACGGACUCCGGCGCAGAUCGUCCCACAUGGAGCUGCGAAGGAACUUCGCCCGGUCUAAAGCCACCACCACACACCGGACCUACGACGAGCAUGUGAGCCUGAGUGAAUACGAGUCCCAGUCCAGCAUGAGGCGCCGUGCGCUUCUGCGUAAAGCCAGCUCUCUGCCUCCGACCACCGCGCACAUACUGAGCGCCCUGCUGGAGUCCAGGGUGAACGUGCCCCAGUACGCGUCCAGCGCCAUAGACUACAAAUACAGACUUAAGGAAACCAACGAGAGGGAGUUUUUCUUGGAGUUAGUGAAGGACAUCUCCAAUGACUUGGACCUGACAAACCUCAGUUACAAGAUCCUGAUCAAUGUGUGUAUCCUGGUGGAUGCAGACAGGUGUUCGCUUUUCCUUGUUGAGGGACCCGCGCACAAGAGGACACUGGUGUCCAAGUUCUUUGAUGUGCACUCAGGCACCACCGUCAGACCAUCCUCCAGCACCCUAAACUCCAAUGAAGUGCAGGUGCCAUGGGGAAAGGGUAUCAUUGGAUACGUGGCAGAGCAUGGGGAAACUGUAAACAUCCCGAACGCAUAUGAGGACCACCGCUUCAGUGAUGAGAUAGACAAGUUAACAGGCUACAAGACUCAGUCCAUCCUCUGUAUGGCCAUCUGUAACAGUGAUGGAGAAGUCAUUGGUGUUGUACAAGCAAUCAACAAAAAUCCCAUGGGCACUCCCUUUACUGAGGAUGAUGAGAAGGUGCUGCAGAUGUAUCUACCAUUCUGUGGAAUAUCGAUUUCCAAUGCGAAGUUGUUUUCUGAAUCUCGCAAGGAGUAUGAAAGGAGUCGGGCUCUGUUGGAGGUGGUCAACGACCUGUUUGAGGAGCAGACUGACCUGGAGAAGAUCGUUAGGAAGAUAAUGCAGCGAGCGCUGACCCUCCUGCAGUGUGAGCGCUGCUCUGUGCUUCUCCUUGAAGACAUCGACUCACCUGUUGUGAAGUUCUCCAAGACGUUUGAGCUCAUGUCUCCCCUGUGCAACAUGGACCGUGACAUCAGCAUGGAGAAGCUAUCGUGUUCUGAUUGGCUGAUCAAUAACAGCAUUGCUGAGCUGGUGGCUUCCACAGGGCUGCCUGUUAACAUCAGUGACGUGUGUCAAGAUCCACGCUUUGAUGCUGAGGCGGAUCAGGCCUCUGGGUUUCACAUCAGAUCAGUGUUAUGCGUCCCUAUCUGGAAUCGAACUCACCAGAUAAUUGGGGUUGCACAAAUCCUGAAUCGCCUUGACAGGAAGACUUUCAAUGAUGCAGAUCAGAGACUGUUCGAGGCAUUUGUGAUAUUCUGUGGACUUGGAAUCAACAACACCAUGAUGUACAAUCAAGUUAAGAAGACGUGGGCCAAGCAGUCUGUAGCACUGGAUAUGUUGUCCUACCAUGCAACCUGUUCCAAGGUAGAAGUUGACAGACUCAAGGCAGCUAAGAUCCCCCUGAGCAGUGAGUUAGGCAUCGAUGAGUUUCACUUUAAUGACUUCUCUUUGGAUAAUGAUGCCAUGAUCACCGCGUCACUCCGGAUGUUUCUGGAACUUGGUGUGGUCCAAAAGUUUAAAAUUGACUAUGAGGUUUUGUGCCGCUGGCUUCUGACUGUGAGGAAGAAUUAUCGAACUGUGGCAUAUCAUAACUGGAGGCACGCCUUCAAUGUAUCGCAGUGCAUGUUUGUUAUGAUCACAACAGCCACUUUCCAGGAUGUCCUGUCAGAUGCAGAGAUACUGGCACUAAUGGUCGGCUGUCUAUGUCAUGACCUGGACCACAGAGGCACUAACAAUGCAUUUCAAGCCAAGACAGGUUCUGCUCUGGCUCUGCUCUACGGGACGUCAGCCACCCUGGAGCAUCAUCACUUCAACCAUGCAGUUAUGAUCCUUCAAAGUGAGGGUCACAAUAUCUUUGCAAACCUCUGCUCUAAAGAGUAUAGCAACAUGAUGCAACUACUGAAGCAGGCCAUUCUCUCCACAGACCUUACUUUGCACUUUGAGCGCAGAACCAAGUUCUUUGAGUGUGUUCUGUCUGGAGAAUUCAGCUGGACUGAAGAAGGACACAGAGAAGUUCUCAGGUCCAUGCUGAUGACAGCAUGCGAUCUGGGUGCCGUCACUCGUCCUUGGAAGAUAUCCAAACAGGUCGCAGAGCUGGUGACGAGUGAAUUCUUUGAACAAGGGGACAGAGAGAGGUCUGAGCUUAAGUUGACCCCAGCGGCCAUAUUUGACCGUAAUCGCAAAGAUGAACUACCUGCCUUACAGCUGGAGUGGAUAGAUGGGAUAUGUAAACCCCUUUACCAGGCACUGCUGAAGCUAAACAGGAAGUUGCAGCCAAUGCUUGAUGGGAUCGACGCCAAUCGAAAUAAAUGGCAGCACCUCUGUUCAUCCUAUCAGCAGACACGCAGAGCCUCAGUGUCAAGUCAGAGUGUUGAAUUAGAUGAGCAUCCUGAGUCCCAUGAAGACGCAGAAACUAAUCCAUACCCCGACUCCACAGAUACUCUGAAGCCAGUUGAAAGCACCAAGUUUGGGUCAUUGUCUAAGUGCAGUCAGGAUCUGAGGUGCAGAGAGAACAAAGGGUCCUGUGAUGAUAAACUGGCAAUAUAACCUCUACAGGGAAGAUGUAAGUAAGUGUUAAGUGUUGGGACUCUUCCUAUACCCUGUGAUUUUGUAACACAAAAAUAAUUGUUAAAAAUCUGGGUAAAUAAAAUCCAGUUUUCAU